CCUCAGCCGCCCACAGGCCAAUACAGUACACCGUAUCGUUGCUCCGAGCCGCUCAUGACCAGUGUGCUGACUUCGUCGUCCGUCUCCCUCGACUGAUAGUUCAUCUUAGACUGCGACGGGUCAUUGGGAUUCUCUAUUCAACUGUCGUCGUAGACGCGUCGAACAGUUGUAUUCGAUCGUGGUCACACUGGCAGUGGCAUACGUAUAGUAAGGCUUUAACGGUGAGUAACACUGGUCUAUUCGCCAUGUCUCGCAGCGUAGACGAUCUGAGGCCUGCUGCGAUGGACAUCCCGGGCGCACGUCACGCACAGGAAUUGGCCGACCAGCUGCACAUCAUCGUAGGAUCUCCCGAGCAGGUCGAUGACGGCAACCUACGUUCCCGGCAAAUGCGCAGUCCUCCGUCGCUUGAUAUUCCUCCAAGACCUAGCAUUUCACGCAACAUCUCAACUGCAACCCUACCACCUACACGAGGGUCGGGUACGCACUCUCGUAUUCACGACCUUCACUCUGGUGCUGGUUCUGGUUCUACCCUAAAUCACUUCAAAUCACGCGAAUGGAGCGUCUUUGGCGAAUUGUUCGACGCGGAGGAUCGGCUGAGGACGUCUGCCCCGCACCGCACAGAAGUUCGCUUGAGGAAUCAUAAGAGGCGCCAUACCACGAAUCCGGCUGCUCCUUAUCCUCCGUUGCAAGAUCAAGGAUACCCUUCCGACACGGUGCAAUCACCAGUAGAAGAACCUAGCCUCACAGAACCUUUAGCAGAAAGUUCGGAAGAGGGAUCACUGUUUCAUGGCAGUAACUCACGACCCAACGCUCCCUCCGUGACAGUGAAUACUUCUCACUUCUCAUCGACACGCUCGCGGUGGCGUUGGCCAUCCCUUUCUGCGUUGCCACCUCUCUCGCCUCUCCAACGCAACAUCCUCAAGUGUUCUGUAGCUUACUUCGUGGCGUCUCUUUUUACGUUUUCGCCAUAUCUUUCGGGUUUCAUUGCCGACCUCACAAAUUAUGGCCCUGCCGAAUCCUUUCCCGCACCCUCCGGCCAUAUGGUCGCUACAGUUGCCGUUUACUAUAAUCCCGCGAAGACAUUGGGCGGCAUGAUCGAAGCAGAUAUGUACUGCAUGAUGGGGCUUUUGUUCGCAGCGUUCGUAUCUCUGAGCAGCAUGACCAUGUUUUGGUUCUUCGAGGUCAGAGCUGGCUGGGAGUGGCUGGCAGAUGCCCUGGUGAUCUUGUGGAUCGGGACUGGAAUGUCUCUCGUUGCCUGGACGAAACUAUGGAUGGCGAAGCCAACUUUCAACACAGCGUGCAGUAUGACCGCCAUCAUUCUUUUCGUGGUAGUGAUCAAGGAAGGUGGCCUUCAGACCCUUCUCCAGGUCUCCUUCAUCAUCUUGUGUGGAGCGACCGUCUCGAAUCUCGUCUGCAUGCUUCUCUGGCCUCAACGGGCCACCAAGAAUUUGCAGAAAGCAAUGACCCAGACGCUUCAGUCAUUCUCCACCCUGUUGGAGAUGCUCACCGACACGUUCCUCCUUGAGGAUUCGCUACAGAAUCUCACUGGCGACAAGCUGCGAAAGGCUGCGGAAAGCCACCAGGCCAGUUUCACGAGUCUGAAGAAACAUUUUGACGAGGCGCAGUCGGAGUGGCUCAUCGGCGGCCCCAAGAAACCUCGCGGAGACAAGACAGACAACCUGCGCGAGAGCUCCGGCCAAGCAUACCAGGACGCGAUCGGAUGUCUCAACCGACUCGGCCAGCAUCUGAACGGCCUGCGGAGUGGUACGACCCUCCAGUACGAGUUGAUCAAAGCGGAGAAAGACGGUAAGCUCGUGUUGAGGAACCGGUAUCCCAAUACGUCUGGCGGGACAAUGCCUACGGGGGCUGCCUCGGACUCGUCAGCGACCAUCCGAGAGGACGAGGAUGCGGCUAUGUUGCAGGCUGCUGCUUCCAUGUUCGGAGACCUCAUUGACGACCUCGGUCCCCCGUUGAAGGCGCUCUCUACAGCUUGCAUAACGACGCUCAAGAGGCUGAAAGACGGAUUUACCGCGCGUAAAGAUCCCGUAAACCGUAUGACCUCUGCGGAGUUCCAGCAGCUUGCGGAUGUUGUUCGGAGGGCUCUCUUUACAUUCGAGAGCACGUCCAACCACGCCGUGGUUCGGAUGUACAGACGCCAGCAGAACAUGUCUGGUACACAGUCUCGAGACUCAUACGGCUCGGCGCUUUACGAAAAUCAUGUGCUAAUGGACAAUGAUGGCGAGAGUGUCUUCCUGGUAUAUUUCUUCAUCUUCACCCUGCAAGAGUUCUCGAAGGAGCUCAUCGCUCUCGUUGAUGCAUUGGAACGACUAUAUGCGGCGGAACACGAACGUGCCAGUCCGCGUAUGAAGUGGAAGUGGCUGCGAGACGCCAUUAGUAUAUCUGGCCCGCGGCGUGCCUCACAGAACAAACGUAAUGAAAGGAGUUUCAGCAAGCGAUUCUCUGUAUAUUUUAACCCAGGUCCACGACGCGAUCCUGUAGCGUUCCCGAAGAUCCGGCCCCACGCCCCGAAUACUAUGCAGACCCCUGCACGAUCAAACUUAUCACUGAUCGGUCGGUUGAAGCAAUCGCUGUGGGCGAUCGGCGCGCGGUUAAGGGAGCCUGACAUCAAGUAUGCUUUCAAGGCCGGAAUGGCUACUGCGAUGCUUGCUGCGCCUGCUUUUUUCGACUCUACACGGCCGCUGUUCUUGCAUUAUCGCGGAGAGUGGGCCCUAAUCUCGUUCUUCGUCGUUAUAUCCCCAACUAUUGGAGCAACAAAUUUCAUGGGAGUGCACCGAGUGCUAGGCACGCUCUUCGGCGCAGCAACUGCAGCUGGCAUCUGGACGCUUUUCCCGGAGAAUCCCUAUGCCCUCUCGAUCUUUGGGUUCUUCUUCUCCAUCCCUUGCUUCUACUACAUCGUAGCCAAGCCACAAUAUGCGACAUCGUCCAGGUUUGUGCUGCUGACGUACAACCUGACGUGUCUGUAUUGCUACAAUUUGCGGCGUAAGGAUGUUGAUGUUCUCGAGAUUGCUUACCAUCGCGCAGUCGCCGUCACAAUCGGGGUCAUCUGGGCAGCCAUUGUAUCGCGUUACUGGUGGCCGACGGAGGCACGACGCGCUCUGAGUAAAGCUCUUGGAGAAUUCUGCCUCAAUAUGGGAUGGCUAUAUACCCGCUUGGUUGCCUUCAACUCGUUUGCCGAUGCCGACUUGCGAGCUAUGCAGGAUGAUGCCGACGAUGAAUCUGAAGAAUCAUCGCCUUUCAUGCCGCAGCCGCGAAACGCACAUCUUACCAACUCCAUACAUCACUUCAUGGCCAUGGAGUUGCAUCUGCAGAUCAAGCUGAUUGAAAUCCAAGGUUUGCUGGCUCAGACGCAACAUGAGCCUCGUUGGAAGGGCCCAUUCCCGGUCGCCUUGUAUCGGUCAAUCUUGACAAGUCUGCAGAAGAUAUUGGAUCAAUUGCACAGCAUGCGGUGUGUGACGGCGCGGGAGGAAUGGCAUACGACCGUCCGUCGCGACUUCAUCUUGCCCGUGAACAGGGAACGACGCGAGAUGGUUGGGAAUAUUAUCCUCUAUUUCUCGACCCUAUCCGCUGCGUUUGCCUUGAAGUCGCCCCUUCCUCCGUAUCUGCCUCCCGCCGAGGAGGCGCGACUACGUCUGGUUGACGCGAUUAGGAAGCUCGACGUUGUCCGUAGUCGAGACGUACGGGGAUCGAGGCAGCUCCUCUUCUUUGCCUACGCGCUCACCAUGAAAGGCGUCAUACAAGAGCUCAACUUCCUCGGGCAUACCCUGCAAGAUGUCUUCGGUGUAAUUGGACAGUCAAGGGAAGAAUUCGAAGCGUUAUUCAACGUCAUCGAUACGCCCAGCGACGUCUAACAUGCUUGCUGCUGCGUCGUACUGAUUCCUACUGAUCGCUACUUACGUCGCCUUCUUGGUCCACUGUGUAUUCUCACUCAUGUAACUUAUAACACACGGAUAUAGACUUCGGAUCGGA